AUGCCCGGAAUCAAUCCCGACAUCACUUGCCACGAGCUAAACAUCCAUCCCACAUAUAAACCUAUCAAACAGAAGAGACGCAAGCUCGGACCCGAGAAGGCACGAGCAGUAAAUGAUGAGGUCGAAAAGUUACUCAAGGCCGGUUCGAUCACAGAGGUUCGAUACCCGGACUGGCUAGCAAACCCGGUAGUCGUGAAGAAAAAGAAUGGAAAGUGGAGGAUCUGCGUCGAUUUUACCGACUUGAACAAAGCUUGUCCCAAAGAUAGCUUCCCACUGCCACACAUUGAUCGGUUGGUAGAGGCAACUACAGGCAACGAACUGUUGUCUUUCAUGGAUGCCUUUUCGGGGUAUAACCAAAUCCUAAUGCAUCCGGAUGAUCGGGAAAAGACUUCGUUCAUUACAGAUCGAGGGAUCUACUGUUAUAAGGUCAUGCCGUUCGGCCUCAAGAACGCGGGAGCCACCUAUCAAAGACUCGUGAACCGCAUGUUCGCCAGUCAGCUCGGAAAAACGAUGGAAGUAUACAUCGACGACAUGCUGGUUAAAUCCCUGCACGCUAAGGACCAUAUAUCACACCUAUCGACGUGUUUCGACAUUCUGAACGAGUACGGGAUGAAACUCAACCCCGCCAAGUGCACCUUCGGCGUGACAGCAGGCGAAUUCCUGGGUUACAUCGUCACCGAGCGCGGCAUCGAGGCUAACCCGAAGCAGAUAUCCGCAGUUCUAGACCUACCUUCUCCGACUUCAAAAAGGGAAGUGCAAAAACUCACAGGCCGAAUCGCCGCCCUGAACAGAUUUAUCUCCAGGUCGACGGAUAAAUGCCUGCCUUUCUACCAGUUGUUACGAGCUAAGCCCAAGCACGGCGAGACGCUCUUCUUAUACAUCGCUAUCUCGACAUCGGUAGUUAGCAGUGUUCUAGUUCGCGAGGAUAGGGGAGAACAGCGUCCAAUAUUCUAUGUCAGCAAAUCGCUAAGUGACGCCGAGGCCAGGUAUCCGGCCUUAGAAAAAUUGGCACUUGCAAUGGUAGUUUCUGCUCAGAAACUUCGGCCAUAUUUCCAGACUCAUUCAAUUACGGUCUUGACCGACCAGCCACUCCGAACCAUACUACAUAGUCCAAGCCAAUCAGGUCGCCUCGCGAAGUGGGCCGUCGAACUAAGUGAAUACGACAUAGAGUACAAGAAUCGAACCAGCGCGAAAUCCCAGGUACUCGCCGAUUUUCUGAUCGAACUUCCCAAAGAGUUCGUCGUCGAACAGCCGCCUCGCGAACUAUGGAUUCUGCACGUCGACGAAUCGUCAUCUCACUGGGGAUCAGGAGUCGGAAUCCGCCUCAAGUCCCCUAACGGCGAGAUCCUCGAACAGUCGUUCCGCCUCGAGUUCCCAGCAUCUAACAACGAAUCUGAGUACGGCGUACGAUUGGCUGUCGAGCUCGGCGUACGACAUCUUCACUCUUUCUGCGAUUCGCAGCUCGUCGCAAGCCAGUUAAGUGGAGAAUACACGACCAAGAACGAACGAAUGGACGCAUAUCUAACAGCGACUAAGGUACUCAUCGCUAAGUUUGAGACGUUCGAACUCACGAAAAUCUCUCGCGGCGAGAUCUCGUCCGCCGACGCGUUAGCCGCCCUGACAUCCAGUUCUGACCCGCAUAUGAAGAGAAGGAUCCCAGUCGAAAGUAUCUCAGAACCAAGUAUCCAAACCGCACUGAAAUGUAAUGUUGCUACUCGCCGACGGAACUGUGACGAAAAUCCGACCUCGGCAAGUACGCAAAACAGGAAGUCGACCCGGACGAACAAGAAUGCCGAGCAGGAACUUAAAGAAAACGCCGAGCACAAUCCAGAAGACCUAGCCGCCGAUCACGACUUCGAGCACAUAACCGAAGGACUCCACAGUCCGUCAACCAGCGAAAGCCAGGAAAGCGAGUCCGCCGAAGAUUGGACAGCCGAACUGCGAGAGUACCUCCUCAACGGCAAAGUCCCCGAAGACAAAUGGGCUGCUCGCUGUCUGAAAGUCUGGGCUGCCCAUUACACAAUGCAUAAAGAUAAGCUGUUCCGUUGGAGUGCAUCCGGAGUACUCCUGACCUGCGUUUCCGGGAAUGAAACAAUCGAAAUCAUGCGAGAAAUCCAUGAAGGGUCUGGCGGCAACCAUUCCCGAGGUCGAUCUCUCGCUCUAAAAAUAAAAAAAACUAGCUAUUUCUGGCCGACGAUGAACGCGGACUGCGAGAAGUUUGUCAGGAAGUGCGAUAAGUGCCAGCGCCAUGGCCCAAUGAUUAACGUGCCGACCGAGCUGCUGCAAACCAGUACGGCCCCUUACCCAUUUAUGCGGUGGGCUAUGGACAUCGUUGACCCUUUAUGCCGAUCAACAAAUCAAAAGCAGUAUGUCUUGAUUAUGACUGACUACUUCACCAAAUGGGUCGAGGCCGAAGCAUACUCGGAGAUUACCGCACUAGACGGAGUUCAAUUUAUUGCAGGGACGUUCAAUGAGUGGUGCGCAAAGUUCAAAAUCCGCCUUAGUUUCUCUACCCCGCGAUAUCCGCAAGGCAAUGGCCAAGCCGAGGCAACCAAUAAGACAAUCCUGGACGGCAUAAAGAAACGUCUCGAUGCUAAGAAAGGUACCUGGGCAGACGAGCUCGACGGAGUCUUAUGGUCGCACCGAACUACUCCAAGACGAUCGACCGGACAGUCACCUUUUUACCUAGCGUACGGACUCAAAGCCCUCUGCCCGGCAGAAGUGAGUAUUCCAACCCUAGGGUACUCAGUGCUCCCCGAGGAUCCCGACUUCAACGACCAGAUGAUGCUCAACAACCUCGAUAACUUGGAAGAGCAACGCUGUUUAGCUCUCCUCCGAAUUCAGAACUAUCAAAACCUCGCUGCUCGGUACUACAACAAAAAAAUCCGAGGUCGGCACUUCGAUGAAGGCGACCUCGUCUUACGCAAAGUGUUCCAGAACACUGAGGAGCUGAAUGCAGGAAAACUGGGAACGAACUGGGAAGGUCCAUAUCAGAUAAUGAGAAUCGUCAAGCCUAGGGUUUACGAACUCAUGCAGCUCGACGGAACGCCGAUCCCGCGAUCCUGGAACUCAGCCAAUCUCAAGCGAUACUAUUACUAA